AUGACGGAGGAAGGCGCCUAUGUCGACCUGGACGGCGAUGUCGAGCUGGAGGGACAGCUAGGGGAGGAUCAGAUGGAUGACAUCGAGUCGAUGAAGGCUCGCCUGGAGGAGAUGGAGCGGGAAGCAGCCAAGCUCAAGGAGAUACAGGAAAAGGCACAAAAGGACGCCGGCCUGGUUCCUGGCACCUCCGCCCCCGGCACCGACGCGAACAAGGAGGAGGCCGACUCUCGCUCCGUCUACGUUGGCAGCGUGGACUACGCUGCGACGCCCGAGGAGCUCCAGUCCCACUUCCAGGGCUGCGGCACCGUCAACCGGGUCACCAUCCUGUCUGACAAGGCCGGCAACCCCAAGGGCUUUGCCUAUAUCGAGUUCCUGGAGGCGGACGCCGUGUCCGCCGCCUGCCUGCUGGACGGGUCGGAGCUGCGCGGCCGGACGCUCAAGGAAAGACCCCCGGAGCUCGCCAUGUGGGUCGCCUUGCAUGCCCUCUCUCUGCCCUGCGGAGCGAUUGGCCGCAGCCAGAGCCCCCUCCCACACCGAAAGUUCUGA